AUGUCGGUCCAGAAGGCAAAUGAUUCUUCUUUCGCGAAUAACCACUACAAGUACGAAGUCCUUGCCGGCUACUUCUCGCAGGAUGAUCCAAUCACUGUUGCGUCUGCGUACGAUUAUACUAAAGACAAUUUUGGCCUGAUUCCUCGCAUUUACCACGAAAGUCAGCCUUCUUCUGAGCUUGACUCGAGUCGUCAAUGGCGAAGCUUUGAACUCAACUUGUCCCGACUCAAUACCAUCAGUCAUUCAAUGGUCCACUACAAGCUUCUCUACAUUGGUCGACAUGGCCAAGGCGUACAUAAUGUCGCCGAAUCCCGAUACGGCAGGCUGGCGUGGGAUGCGGAAUACUCGAAAUUGGAUGGUGACGAUCAUGGACAAUGGGUUGAUGCACUUUUGACACCACUUGGAAGAACACAAGCGGAGAAAGCUUCGGCAUUUUGGGCGUCUCUCAUUUCCGCCGGUGCACCAUUACCGGAGGCUUACUUUGUAAGCCCAUUAGAUCGCUGUCUUGCUACUGCGCAAAUCACAUUUGCUGAGCUAUCACUACCGGAAGCCCGGAAAUAUCAACCAAUCGUGAAAGAAGGUCUGCGAGAGAUUAUGGGGGUCCACACUUGCGACAAACGCAGUAGAGCCACUUUCAUCAAAGCAAAGUAUCCAGAAGUGAUGAUUGAAGAGGGGUUUGCCGCGGACGACAAGCUGUGGAGUAAAGGACACCGUGAAACAGAUGCAGAGGCUGAUAUUCGGAUCAGGCAAACUUUGAACGAGAUAUUCUCAAGUCAUGCGGGAUGUGAAGUGAUAAGCUUGACAAGCCAUUCUGGGGCAAUUCGCUCGAUUUUGAGGGUGUUAGGCCACAGAGAGUUCAGGCUGCCUACGGGGAGUGUGCUUCCGGUGCUGGUAAAAGCCGAGCAACUAUUCUCACCAUCUCCACCACCUCCACCAUUCGUUGCGGGGGCGUUUGAGGGCGUCUCCAACGCCACUAAGCUCGUUUCACUCGAAGCCCACAUCAUGAGCAAAUGCCCUGACGCUCGAGACUGCCUCGUCGAUCUCGUUGUUCCAGCUAUGGAGCAAAUCGUGGAUAAAGUGGAUUUCAAACUAUCCUACAUUGGGGAAGUUGGUGAAGACGACGCAGUCAUCUGCAAGCAUGGUCCGACCGAGUGCUUAGGCAAUAUGAUGGGUCUCUGUGCCACCCAGUUGUUUCCAAACGAUGUCAAAAGGUGGCUCGGAUUCAUGACUUGUAUGAUUAUGGAUUAUAGCGACAUCCCAUCCCGAGACCUGGCUCAGCAUUGUACUUUAGAACAUGGUAUCUCGUUUGACGACCUCAAUGCUUGCAUAAGUGAGGAAGGCAAGGGCCUGGAUCUGUUGGCAGCAAGCGUAAAGAGUACACAAAAAGCAGGCGUUACGAAGAGUUGCACGGUUCGGGUGGCGGAUGAGAUUUGGUGCAUAAGAGAUGGGGCGCAGUGGAAGAAUUGCUCGGAUGGCCACGAGCCCAAAGAUCUUGUGACCACCAUAGAAAAGCUUUUUGGCCAUUAG